CACUCUCCCCUCUCUCUCUCUAACUCUACUCUGGACCUUAGGUGGUUUGAGUUCCCUUUCAGUCAGCUCUCUCUCCUUCGCUCCGUCACUGAGAGCUCCGAUUUCCCGCCUCUCCAUAAAACCUCUGAAAGCUGAGGUCUCUCCUUCGCUAUGCUAACGCAGUCCCGCCUUCUCUCUCCCUCUCCCUCCCCCAAACUCUCCCUCUCUCUCUUCCCUGCCGUCGCCGUCCCCUCCCCCUCGAAGCCAUCCAAUUCCAGUCUCUCCUUCCCUGCCCUAAUUCCACACCCCGGUCACUGCUCCCUCAAGCUAUCCCCUUCAAUGGCCUCCAACCCCACCAAGCUGUCGGCUGGUAAUCAUAAUCAAGCUGAGACCGUCCAAUGGGGGAAUGGGAAGGAGGAGGAGGACUACGAUGAGGAGCUCGAUCGGUUCGCCGAGGUAGCCAACCGGGUGGCAGAUGCUGCAGGGGAGGUGAUCCGGAAGUACUUCAGGAAGAAGUUUGAGAUUCUCGAUAAAGCCGAUUUGAGUCCAGUAACAAUUGCAGAUCAAGCAGCAGAGGAAGCUAUGGUCUCUGUUAUAUUAGAGAAUUUCCCCCCACACGCGAUUUAUGGCGAGGAGAAUGGAUGGAGGUGUAACGAGAAGUUUUCUAAUUAUGUCUGGGUUUUAGAUCCCAUAGAUGGCACAAAAAGCUUCAUAACUGGAAAACCCCUAUUUGGUACUCUGAUCGCUCUUUUGCACAAGGGUAAACCAAUUCUUAGCAUAAUUGAUCAGCCUGUUCUAAGGGAGAGAUGGAUUGGGAUAAAAGGAAGAACAACUACACUCAAUGGUGUGGAAAUUUCUACACGCUCAUGCACGAAACUGUCACAGGCAUAUUUGUACACUACGAGUCCUCAUCUAUUCAACGGAGAGGCUGAACAGGCAUUUGCUCGAGUUAGAAGUAAGGUAAAGGUUCCACUAUAUGGCUGUGACUGCUAUGCUUAUGCCCUUUUGGCUUCUGGAUUCGUAGAUCUAGUCAUCGAGUCAGGUCUCAAGCCCUACGACUUCCUUUCGCUUAUACCUGUGAUCGAAGGUGCUGGUGGUGUUAUUACCGAUUGGGAUGGCCAACAACUUUAUUGGGAGGCAUCUCCUGAUUCACAUGCAACAAGUUUCAACGUAGUGGCAGCAGGUGACAAGACGGUCCAUAAACAAGCUUUAAAUGCCUUGGAAUGGCAAUAGUGGUUUUGCAACCUGAACCUUAGGUACUUAGUUGCAUAACGGAAUAAAACUUGCAACUCCUUUGGUAAUGGCACAUAGGCUCUGAUAUUUUAUUCCGAAAGCCAUUACAAUUGGUUUGAUCCGAAGGGAGGAUGUGGAGGUCAAAACGGGUCGGGGGAAGGUGAUUGGAGAUCAUUGCAAUUGAUGCUAAUUAUGGAUUCUCUUGUGCUAUGCUAAGAUAAUUACAACUAAUCUAUGCUGUGAAGAAUUUUUCUGGGCA